ACUACUGGAGUACUUUGCUUGUGCUGUCGCGCACAUGAAGCUGGCUAGCUAGCUAGCUAGGACAUUGUGUGGCUGUGUGUGCCAUGUCGAAGGAGGAGGAGGGGAAGGAGAAGGUGGUGACGAUGGAGGCGGCGACGGCGAGCGUCGCCGUGAAUGGCGGUGGCGGCGCGGGAGGGGAGGAGGAGAGUGCAGAGAUCGCGGGGGUGAUGGAGGCGGCGGCGGCGGAGGGGGUGAGGGCGCUGCACGCGCGGGUGGAGGCCGAGUGGGGCCCCGUGCUGCAGAGCGCGUGCCAGACGGCGGCGGCGAGGGCGCUGUGGGCGCGCGCCGUGCGCGACCCGGCGGCCGGGGUGCUCGCCGGGGAGAGGUUCCUGAGGGGGCUCCGCGAGCGGAUGCGGCUCGACGAGGAGGCCGGCGCGCGGGAGGUGCACGGCGUCAUGAUCGCCGUGCGCACGCUCUGGUUCGACGCCCGCGUCGGGGCCGCCGUCGCCCAGCUCGGCGGCGCCGCCCAGGUCGUCCUCCUCGGCGCAGGGAUGGAUGCGAGAGCCUAUCGACUGAGCUGCCUGAAGGAGUGCACGGUAUUUGAACUUGAUUUCCCGGAGCUCCUAGUAAUGAAAUCAGAACUUCUUCACGAAGCAAUGAGUUCUGCAAAUAACCAGAAACUCACAAUGAUGGCAAAAUCAUUGAUUAGGGUUCCUGCUGACAUACGAGAUGGAGACUGGAUGACCAAGCUACAGAGCUACGGCUAUGCUCCUGAAAGAAACACCAUAUGGGUUCUUGAAGGCCUUCUCUAUUACCUUCAUAAUGUCCAUGCAAUGCAGGUCCUCGAGACUAUUGCGGCCUGCAGCGCAUCAGUCCACACUGUCCUCCUGGCUGACUUCAUGAACAAGAAUGCAGUUUCGCUCUCUCGCGCGAUGUACCAUUUCUACCAUGACAACCCUGAUCUCCUGCUUCCUUCCAUUGGGUUCUCUCAGGUAACUCUGUCACAAAUUGGAGAUCCACAAGCACAUUUUGGGCUGCUAAGUCACCCGCAGAACCUGUUUGAUAAACUGAGGAGACUGCCAAGAUCAGUGGAGACAAACCCAGAGGAUGGCACACCAUGUUGCAGAUUGUAUUUGGUGGAGGCCUCUGUUUUUCCAGAUGAUCACACCACUAAACAGGGCAAAUAAGUCCAUUGA